AUCGACAAGGCAUGCUUGCCGCGUGGGAGAGCAUAUAAAUAUUAUAUGGUAUUAGACAUACCUCGGAAAGGCGGUUUUUGAUCCAGCCCAGCCAAGAAUUUCCUGGUCAGAUAUCCCGCACUACUAACUACGCAGUACGGAGUAGGUAAUGCGUGCAUAUUCCGGAUGUGGUACAUCUAUCGUUAGUACUGUAGCAUGUAAAGCGCCAAGUGCCGAUCGCAUUCAGAAGAAGCGGGGGAGAUCAACCUGGAAUUCGGAUUCGUAUUCGGAGCUAGGGCCCGUCUUUUAUCAAGGGGAUUCACAACCUACGCAGUAGUAUCUCGAUUUUACUAUGCUGCCUGGAACAUGGUUGCAUGGAUGGCAGACUUGGCCUCCACGUUGGGCCCUGGAAGAUAGUUCCAACUUCCAACAGGCAAACAGGCAACAAGUAUAAACCACAGAUGUUGGCGAAUAGGUCCAAGGGAGGUGGAUACUCGGAAAACACACUGCGUUCUCCA